AUGUGCUCGUUUAAUUACGGUUUGGCUCAUGUCCAGGAGACACCCGUCAAUAUUCAGCAUCUCAAAGACGUUGAAAACGUGACAUGUGCUGUGCCAGUGGAUAGUUGCGCACGGGUGUCAAACUCAAACAUGUCGUCAAUAUUUGUUUGCAAUUAUGGUUCUACAUCGAUCCGCACGAAGUGCGGGAAUCUAGUGGCGCCUGCGGAAAAGGUCUUCAGUACCUGCAAGCUUUGCGACUUUUACAAUUAUGGUUAUGUCGAGCAGACAAUCCUAGAUGGCACUGUCACAUCUACGUAUACCCUAGCCCUGGGAGGGGAGUUCCCCAAUUCCGCCUAG